AAAAUUUUAAAGUUUGUAAGAAAAACAAGCAAAAUCCAAACAUUAUGGUGCCUGAGGCGGAAAGUUUAUUAACCGCCCCUCCUUUGGGGCGCACCCAUACAAGGGCACCUUCUUCAACCUCUACGGCGGAUAUGAUAGAAGUGUCACCCUCUUGCUGCUGUCAGUGUCAUUGUCAGGACCAGCAGCAGCUGCAGUUUCAAUUACAACCUUCUGCCAGUGCCACAGCCACUUUACGUUCAAAUACAUCAGCCACAUUAUCGGCAUACUCGUGUAACACUUCCAGCUCCCAGCGUAAUUGUAGCCACUCCUGUGAUCAUCAUUUAGAUUUUAUGUGUGGCCAAGCAGAUUCAAGCUCAAAUUUUUUACCCGCUACACCCAACAGCAUCAGCAGCAAUAACAACAACUACACAUCAUCUCCCUCGUAUGCCUCGGAAGAUGAGGACAGUGUAUUGCGGUAUUCAUUCAAAGGUAUACCGCCCGAAAUGUAUUCAGCCAAAAAGGAAUUUAUCUACAGGCGACCGUUGGUUGAGAAACAGCUCGUCUUAAAGAAAACUUGUGAAUGGUGGUUUUAUAAAAAUAAAUGCAGCAACAUGUCGACGCAUUGGAAACAAAAUGCAUUUUUAAUACUCACCACCUGCAUUUUAAUAUUUUUGGGUUUAAUCAUAUUUUUCUGUCUGCCCGUAAAUAACGCGAAAUCCAAUACGCUAACAGAAUUGCCAGCCAUACAACAUAGCCUUAGUCCCCAGCACAAUUGGACGACAAUAACAACAGCAACAGCAACGAUAACAACGACAUCGAUAGCGCCGUUAGCCAGUAGCACGAGUAGUAGCGAUAAUAGAAAUAACAAUGACGAUCAUGAUUAUGGUGGGAACAGUGAUGAUCGCUUAUUCGACAUCACCGAAAUCACCACCUACACAAAUCAUACGUUUGAAGGCGACGAUGAUUGGAUUAUAGAAGAUGAUGAUAUUGAAAAUGAUAUUGACGAUAUUAAUAAUAGUAUACCAGAAGAAUUAACCAGUGAUUUUGUUACACCGAUUAAAGUUCAUAAUUUUAGUUUAAAUGCCGAUGAUUUAUUAUAUGAAUCAAAAAGAAAUUUAAAUACUCCUAAUAAUAACCAUAAUGAUUAUUUUUCCGCAUUUAGUGUGACGGGGACAUUUCGUAGUAAAUCUAGUCAAAUCUGGGAUCCUCAUCCAGAGUAUAUAUUGAAUGCAUUUGGCCAUCAAUUGCAUUUAAUUUUACAUCAAGAUACCUCAUUUAUACCACCAAAAACAUUUAGGGUCAUUAACAUUUUAAAUAAUCAUACUGAAGAGGAGGAACUAGUAGAAGGACAUUAUUUAGGUUGUUACUACAAAGGCUUUGUGGAGGGUGAUGAUCAAUCAGCAGUGGCCGUAUCACUAUGUCAUGGCAUGACUGGUUACAUUAAAACCAGUUUCGGCACGCUGCUCAUACAACCGGUCAGCAAUCAAACAUACGAUUCGUAUAAUGCCUCCGCAUCGUCUGAGAUUUUACAUAAAAUAUGGCGUCACUCAAGACGCAAUGCCAGACAUGCUGUCUCCGCUCUUGAACUCGAUUUGGAAGAAAUCGAACAGACUCUCUUGCCCAAAUUGCAUCGUAAGAAACGCGACUACGAUCGCAAUCUAUUCACCAUUGAGCUCUUGGUCGCUGUCGAUCGUACAAUGAAAGAAUUUCAUAAAGACGAUUUGACAUCGUACAUUUUGACAUUGAUAUCGAUUGUAUCGAAUAUAUUUGCCGAUGCCAGCAUUGGCAAUUCCAUUUACAUUUCGGUCGCUAACAUUUUGGUCUUGAACGACUUUAAACGUCCGCGCAGAAGAGGUGGCCAAGCGACCGCAUCGCAGACAUUGAAAGAAUUUUGUUCGCAUGUGGAGAAGCAUGGUUAUCAUUAUGAUACGGCAAUGUUAAUAACAAGAGAUCAAAUAUGUCGCAAAGAACGUGAAACCAAAUGUGAUACUUUAGGUCUAGCUGAGUUGGGUACAGUGUGUAAGCGAAAAUCGUGCUCCAUAGUGCAAGAUAAUGGAUUGCCAGCAGCAUUCACGAUAGCGCACGAGUUGGGUCAUAUAUUAAAUAUGCCUCAUGAUGACGAUGAUCGUUGUAAACAAUUUAAUAAGCCGGGUGUUAAGAGAAAACUCCACAUCAUGUCCAGUGUAAUGGGUGAUGAUAUACAUCCCUGGUCAUGGUCGGACUGUUCUCGCCAUUAUGUUUCUGAAUUUUUAGAAAAAGAAGAUGUUACCUGUCUCGAAGACACACCCACCAAAUUCAUACGCAACUACAAUACCCGGUUACCCGGUGAAAUCUAUUCGCUCCACCAUCAGUGCAAACUUAUACACGGCAAUCAGUCACGUUACUGUCACAUCGAAUCCGAUUGCAAACGUUUGUGGUGCAAAGCGAACGAUACAAAUGCCACCUGCCGUUCGAGUAAUUUACCCUGGGCCGAUGGCACGCCCUGUAAUGACAACCGGUAUUGGUGUCAAAAGGGUGAGUGUUUGCCGCGCGAAGGUCAUGUACGUAAAUUGGUUAAUGGUGGUUGGGGUCCCUGGAGUCCCUGGAGCCAGUGUAGUUUGACGUGUGGCGGUGGUGUGCAGGAGAGUCGCAGAGAGUGCGACAACCCGUUGCCCAAGAAUGGUGGUAAAUAUUGUACGGGCGCCAGGAAGAAAUAUCGUUCGUGUAAUACACACAAUUGUCCACCGGGUUCGAUGGAUGCGAGGGAGCAACAGUGUUAUCAGAUGAAUGGCAGAGAUUUUGGCAUUGGUGGUAUUGGACCGCAUACAAAGUGGAUACCGAAAUAUGGUUUGUCAUCCAACGAUAAAUGCAAUUUAUAUUGUCGCGUUGAAGGUAACGCCGUCUAUUUUCGUCUCUCCGAGAAAGUCAUCGAUGGUACCACAUGCUCAUUCGACAGUUUCGACAAAUGUGUCAAUGGUAUUUGCCGGCCGGCUGGUUGUGACAACGAACUCAAUUCUAUAGCAAAAUUAGAUAAGUGUGGCAUUUGUGAAGGACGCAAUGAUACAUGUGAAGAUUUUACGGGCAAUUUUUAUGUAUCGGACUUGUACAAGGUGCAGCCCAAAUAUAAAACGUAUUAUUAUCAUGUCACCACAAUACCCAAAGGUGCCUCCAACAUAGUGAUCGAACAGCCCGGUUAUCAUGACGAAAACUAUAUUGUACUGAGAGAUGAUCAAGGGAAUUCAUUACUAAAUGGAGCCAAUAUUAUCACCGCUUUUCCCAAUGUUAGCUUUUAUGCAGGUGUAGCCUAUGACUAUAAUGGCUCUAAAAGUUUUGUAGAAAGGGUCAAUACCACCUACACAAGAAAACUGAAACGUGACAUGACCGUUGAGAUCAUUUCCAUGAUCACCAGUGCCCAAAAGGACAAUGACACUUUGCUGAUGACCUACUCCUAUACCAUCGAUAAAACGAAUUAUGUGGAGCCUGAAAUUGAAAUCUAUCGCUGGGAAAUGCAACAGUGGAGUACUUGUGAUGCCUUGUGUCAUGGCAGCAUGCAUCGCAUGCCGGUGUGUGUUAGCACAACACAAGCCCUAAAAGUGGCGCCACAAUUCUGUGAUAUACAUGCAAAACCACCCACCGAAUAUAGAGAAUGUAAUACCGAUUGUAAUUUAACUUUAAAUGUCACCAGUAUUUCGGAAUGCUCGGCUUCAUGUGGUAUGCUGGGUACUCGUGAGAAAACUCACCACUGCAUACAAACAUUCCCCGAUAUGCAACGUUCAAACAUUGUGGACUUGAAAUACUGUAGUUCGAAGUUCGAAAUCAAAACCCAUGAAGAGUGUAGAGAAGGUUGUUGGGAGUAUACGGAUUGGAUGACGUGUUCCCGUUCAUGUAGCUAUGGAGUGCAGACUCGUAGUGUGGCCUGUUAUUUGAAUCAAACGUUUGUUAGAGAUGAAUAUUGUAAUUUGAAAACGAAAGCCAAUUACAGGGAAACUACCAGAGUAUGCAAUCUAGAGCCCUGUUCAACCUUCACUUCUACCACCACCAGCACUACAGAAUUUCCUUUAAUAAAAACUCCCCGCAAUGUGCCCAACAAUUGGUGGGCCAAUGAAUGGGGCAAAUGUGAUGACAAGUGUGAAAAGAAUCGUACGGUUAUUUGUCGCAGUGCCCAAGGCUAUGGCUGUCCGGUGGAGAAAAAGCCUUUAAGCAGAAGAAAAUGUUGCACCAUUAAAUAUGUAUCCAAUUGGUCGAAUUGUUCCGUUCAAUGCGGCAAUGGUACACGUCGCAAGGAAAUGCAUUGUGCCCGUGUCUAUAAGCCUGAAAUUAAGGGGGCACCCAAACGUCGAGAAUUUAUCGAUCCAUCGUAUUGUCGCCAUUUAAGGGUGCCCAAACCCAAACGCAUGCACAAACCUUGCAAGGUGGGUUGCAAGUGGUCCAUUUCCAAUUGGACUCAAUGUCCGGCCGACUGCAGUGACGAGUAUCAAUCACGUUCCGUAUAUUGUGAGUCCGUCUUGGGCAAUCCCAUCAAUCAUACCUACUGUGAUGCAGCGAACAAGCCGCCCGUGAAAAAGAUUUGCAAUAAUUGCGUUAAACGCGAAUACAAAGUCAUGUCCAGUUGCAACUGUGAAGGUUACCGCAGACGACGCAUGCUGUGCUACGAUUCGCGACGUGAACGCAUAGCCUGUCCCACCAAAGAUAAAAUCAUACGUGAAAAAUGUCCGCCACCACGCACCUGUUAUCCCUCCACUUGCUAUGAAUUGCGUCGCUACCACAAUGUUUAUGCCGACGGUGAGUAUACCAUCUAUGUUAGAACCGUGCCCAAAAGGAUAUACUGUCACAACAUGCACAGUUCGCCGCAAGAGUUCGUUACCUUGAACUCAACCGAAAACUAUUCGAUAUAUUACGAUUACAAGACACGUAAUCCAGACUCGUGUCCACCCGAUUCGGUGCAUCGUGAAUAUCGGGAUGAUACGUUGGAGUCGGGUCGUACGACAUUUAAGAAAAUACGCAUUGAUAUGGCCACAUUAAGAGUGUUUGAUAGUGAUUUUACGUUUGCCGAGAGUAUAGGAACGCCGCAGCCCUAUGGUUCGGCGGGUGACUGUUACAAUCGUCGUAAACAAUGUCCGCAGGGUGGUUUCUCGAUAAAUUUGGAGCAUACAGGAUUUAGACUGAGGCAUGGCACAGUCUGGCAGGCUAUAGGUAGUCAUGUGGUUAUGAAAGAGUCACCUUCGAAUUCCUUAAUGUCACAUCGUGCUUUAUGUGGCGGCUGGUGCGGUGGUUGUCGAAUAGGUUCCAAUUCUGCGCUCUACUUAAACGUGUGAUUCCACGUAGCGUUUGGAAAAACUCAGCCUCCCUAAGGCGGUUUUCUUUUACAAAUUUUGUAUUUGUUUUGGUGCUAAAACUGCUGUUUUCGACCUGUUUUUUCGCUUCGCAUCCCAACGAGAAACGACAACGUCGAAAUUGUAUUUUAUGCAUUUAUUCCUUGAUAACAAAAAGUUCCUUUUGGUCUUUUGUAAGGAUUUUUUUGUUUAAUUCAUUUUUAACAAAAUCUUAUUAACACUUUAAACUGGAAAAGAGAAAUCCUUGUAAUGCCAAAGACUUUUAGGGAUUUUUGAAACAUACCAAUACAAAAAACACUCACUUUUAUACACACACUCUCACAUACACACACACACUCACUCAAACAUACAGAGGCAAACCUACCACGAAACAAAAAAAAUUUAAAUGUGAUUCACUCCAAAAAUAUGAAAAAAACGAACACAAAAUGGUGUAAUAAGGCCGAGAAAUUUAUUAUUUUGAAAAAGAAAAAGGCCAUAAACUUCUUAUUUCUUUGUUUAAAAAAAAAUAGGAGACUUCAUUUAAAAUUAAUUAACACACAAAAACACCAAACUAAACAUUUCUAAUACAAUUCCUGAAGAAAUUCGAUAAAAAAAAAUCAAAGAUUCUAGAAAAACUCAAGAAACUAUUUAGAAAUGUGGCAACUAUUGAAACAACAAAGCAGCAAUAAAACGAAGAGCAAUUUACUCAUUUACCGUAAUAAUUCUAUUAAGCAAAAGAGAGAGAUUUACUAAGAGUGUUUAAGAGAACUCUUUUCAUCUCUACCUUUAAUUUAUUUUGUAUUUUUAAACACUUUUAAAGUUGAAUUUUAUCAACUUUUAUAUAUUUAUAUUAUUUUACUCUUAAUGUUAAUGUUAACUUUAGAUUUACUUUUAAACAUUUACCAUAAAUAUUUUUAUUUAAAUAUUUAGCUAAAUCCAUUUAUAUAAUAAUUUAAUACGUAUGAAAUAAAAAAUACAUUUAUUUUGUAUAAUUCUUAAUUCUUAACAGAAAAUAAUAAUAACAAAUUUAUAUACAUUAGAUUGUCUCUAAGAAAGUUAAAUUGAUUUUAUAGUGAAAUAUAUGGAAAUAUUUAAGAAA